AUGUCAAACCUUACAAAACUUGAAUUUACGGCACUUGAUGUAUCUGGGAAAAAUUAUUUGUCAUGGAUACUAGAUGCAAAAAUAAAUCUGCAAGCCUCUGAUCAUGAGGACAUUAUUAAAAAGGGAAAUACGGCCUCUACUCAAGAUCGUGCAAAAGUAAUGAUCUUCCUUCGUCAUCAUCUUGAUAAAAGAUUAAAAAAUGAAUACCUCAGUAAAUAUAAUCCACUUGUUCUCUGCAAAAGUUUAAAAGAACGCUUCGACCACCAGAAGACUGUAAUUCUUCCAAAAGCUCGUUAUGACUGGAUGCAUUUAAGAUUGCAGGAUUUUAAAAGUGUUAGUGAAUACAACUCUGCAGUAUUCCGAAUUAGUUUAAAGCUAAAAUUGUGUGGAGAAACAAUUACUGAUGAAGAUUUAUUAGAAAACACAUUCUCCACUUUUCAUGCAUCUAAUGUGGUACUCCAACAGCAGUAUCGUGAGAAAGGCUUUAAGAAAUAUUCAGAGCUAAUUUCUUGCGUUCUAGUGGCUGAGCAGAAUAACGAGUUUUUAAUGAAAAAUCAUGCGGCACGACCCACUUAUUCUGCUCCAUUUCCUGAAGUAAAUGCGAGCGCAUAUAGAUCUCCUCGUGGUCAUGGUUAUGGUCGAGGUGGAAAUAAUUAUAAACAUGUCGGUUAUAAUGACUCCUUUAAGCAUAAGAAUCACCAUGAGAAGUGGGAUUAA